AUGGACAAAUUUGACAGCGAGGCUUCGUGUUGUCAAAAGGACCGUUUUAGCUCUAACCAGGAAAAAACACAAACUUUUAAGUGUUUUAUUUAUUUUGCAGGUUUACUGUUGCAAGUUUCCUCUAUAUCUAGCAGUACAAAUGGAACAUUGUGCUACAACUGCCGAGACGUGUCACACCCCCGGGAUUGUUUUAGGCUGACAAGGUGUGGACAGCAUGAGGUGUGUUCAGUAGACAGGUUUAGUAGUGACGAUGGUAUCAUUACGUACGAUUCCGGCUGUAAAUCAAAGACGUUCUGUUCUGGAUUCCAAACAAAACGUGAACAAGAGUCCAGUAGACCUACACAUUUUCCGCAAUAUGCUUGGGACGCUCAGCAAUACCCUAUAUGUAGCACCUGCUGUGAUGCAGAUUUCUGUAACCUCAACUUGUGUGACCCCUCGGUCGACCACACUAGUAAAGAUCUGAAGCGCUGUCUACAUUGUACGGGAAUCGAGGAUCCCAACAACUGUGAGACGGUCACAACAUGCACGGUAGACGAGGCGUGUUAUACACAGAAACAGCUUAACGUAAAUGGGGAGAUCAGGUACAACCUGGGAUGUCGACACCAAGCGGUGUGUGAUGCAGCCGCCACAUCAAGUAUGCUAGUGGGGAGAAACGUAAGAGGAAGUGACUUCUGUCUCGGCUGUUGUAAUACUACCAACUGUAACGGGAAACUAUGUCACGAGGAUCCAGCAGUGACAACGUUACCCACAACGACCCCUAUCCCUGACAGAUGUACGGAAGGACCUCAGUGCCAUUACCUAACAAGCACCUUUAACCUCUGUGAGGACCCCACGUCGUCCAGACAUAUCUGCCCAGUAUCUUGUGAAGUAUGCACACCGCGAACCCCUGCCCCUACGCCGGUAUGUGAGGACAGCCCAGAGUGUGGAGUGUUGUCCCUACAUUUCGCCAGCAUCAUGUGUAACGAGGAAAAAACGCACGGUAUUAUGUCCUCAGACAUGUCAGUCUUGUGGACAGUUGGCACAAACCACUCCAACUCCAUUUACCACUCAAACUACCACUACCACUUCAACUACCACUCCGACUACCACUCCGACCACCACUCCAACUACCACUGCAACUACCACUCCAACGACUACUAUGGACUCUUACAUGGGUUGCAUAGAUAGCCCUACUUGUGCACACCUGCUAACAUUCCUCAAUAUAUGCAGCGAUCCACAAUCUGCCAAGGAUGUAUGUCCAUACUCCUGCAAGAAAUGCCCAUCUGACGGUCCAUCUACUGUCGAUCCCCUCGCGCAAACUGCCAAAUCUACCACAUUGCCAAAGCCGCCAUUUUUAUGUGAGGACGCUUCUGACUGUGAGACUUUGCAGGAGAAUUUAAACAUUUGUGUAUCGGAUGUGUCCGCCGCUUCCCCAGUUUGCCCUGUGUUAUGUGGUCUAUGUGAAGUCAGUGGCGACGGUCAUAGUCAUUGGUUACAGUUUGGACAACCGAAUUCCAGCAGAAAGUCAACAACCAUUGCUGCACAUGGGUCGUGUGUUGACGGAGAUGACACUUGUCCAAAGCUCCAAGAAGUGUUCAACCUGUGUGGGGAUGAACAACUGAUAGAACAGUUCGGCUGUUACAGGACCUGUAACAGAUGCGAUCUCUCACAACUGUCGACCACAGCCCAUCCUUCACAGAUGGUCAAUAACCACACUAUGACCGAGCGUACACCUGUCACCAGUAAACAUAAUAGCGAGAAUGCAAUGACAACACCGUCGACGACGAUAUCAUUGUCGUCCUCUGUUCCGACAGAAACGACUACAAUGACGAUCAUAACAACUACAUUGCAAGAACAACAUACGCAUGCGCCAGAGACAAUUAUUCAGCCAACAACACAUCACCACCACACGCAUGCGCCGGAGACUACGCCAUUACCAACAGCACAUCACCACCACACGCAUGCGCCGGAGACUACGCCAUUACCAACAGCACAUCACCACCACACGCAUGUGUCAAAGACCACGACACAUUCAUCACAUCACAGCCACCACAGCGACUAUGACAGUCAUCACCACGAUCACCACCAACACCAUGAGGCUGCCCGCUGUGUUGACGUAGAUUCUAGGUGUCAAUCCCAUGUAUAUUUGGUCAGAGUUAUGAUUUGCAUUCACUACAAAUUCUGGUGUAUGAAGACGUGUAAUGCAUGCUAAACUCAGAUCGGACAAAUCAAAAACCUGUCAAAUAAAAAGAUACUAAUUUUCUUAUAAACAUUGAAUACUGAU